CCCAGGCACUCAUUAGCCAGAGCGGUGCGGGCGGCCCGGAGGCGACAGGCACGUUGCAUUCGCACAUUAGGUGCAGCCCGGGCCACCCAGCGGUGCAGCAUCUUGGUGUUGCAGUGGCGCGGUUCGGGGUCCCGGUAACCAGAGGGGUUAUCCUCGGUAGGUUCACGAUGCAGCGGGCGGCGGGGCUGGUGCGGCGGGGCUCCUGCCCCCGCGCCUCGGGCCCUUGGGGCCGUAGUCACAGCAGCGCUGCAGCCGAAGCCUCAGCGGCGCUCAAGGUGCGACCGGAGCGCAGCCCUCGAGACCGCAUCCUCACUCUGGAGUCCAUGAACCCUCAGGUGAAGGCGGUGGAGUACGCGGUGCGCGGACCCAUCGUGCACAAGGCCGGCGAGAUCGAGAUGGAACUGCAGCGGGGUAUCAAAAAACCGUUCACGGAGGUAAUCCGAGCCAACAUCGGGGAUGCCCAUGCUAUGGGCCAGCAGCCAAUCACCUUCCUCCGUCAGGUGAUGGCACUCUGCACCUACCCAAAUCUGCUAAGCAGCCCUAGCUUCCCAGAAGAUGCUAAGAAGCGAGCCCGGCGGAUCCUGCAGGCUUGUGGUGGAAACAGCUUGGGAUCUUACAGUGCCAGCCAAGGUGUUAAUUGUAUCCGUGAAGAUGUGGCAGCCUUUAUCACCAGGAGAGAUGGUGUAUCUGCAGACCCAGACAACAUUUACCUGACCACUGGAGCUAGCGACGGUAUUUCUACGAUCCUGAAGCUCCUGGUCUCUGGGGGUGGCAAGUCACGGACAGGAGUGAUGAUCCCCAUCCCACAGUAUCCUCUGUACUCCGCGGUCAUCUCCGAGCUUGACGCUGUCCAGGUGAACUACUACCUGGACGAGGAGAACUGCUGGGCCUUGAAUGUGAACGAGCUCCGGCGGGCAGUGCGGCAAGCCAAAGACCACUGCAACCCCAAAGUUCUCUGCAUUAUCAACCCCGGGAAUCCCACAGGCCAGGUACAAAGCAGAAAGUGCAUAGAAGAUGUGAUUCACUUUGCCUGGGAAGAGAAGCUUUUCCUCCUGGCUGAUGAGGUAUAUCAGGACAAUGUGUACUCUCCUGACUGCAGAUUCCACUCCUUUAAAAAAGUGCUUUACCAGAUGGGGCCUGAGUACUCCAGCAACGUGGAGCUUGCAUCCUUCCACUCCACCUCCAAGGGCUACAUGGGCGAGUGUGGUUACAGAGGGGGCUACAUGGAGGUGAUCAAUUUGCACCCUGAGAUCAAAGGCCAGUUGGUAAAGCUCCUCUCCGUUCGUCUCUGCCCGCCAGUGUCUGGACAAGCUGCUAUGGACAUUGUUGUGAAUCCCCCUGUCCCAGGGGAGGAGUCCUUUGAGCAGUUCAGCAGGGAAAAAGAAUUCGUUCUUGGUAAUCUGGCCCAAAAAGCAAAGCUGACUGAAGAUCUGUUUAACCAAGUCCCAGGGAUUCAGUGCAACCCCUUGCAAGGAGCUAUGUAUGCCUUUCCCCGGAUUCUCAUUCCUGCCAAGGCUGUGGAGGCGGCUCAGUCCCAUAAGAUGGCCCCAGACAUGUUUUAUUGCAUGAAGCUCCUGGAGGAGACCGGCAUCUGUGUCGUGCCUGGCAGUGGCUUUGGGCAGCGAGAAGGCACCUACCACUUCAGAAUGACAAUUCUCCCUCCCGUGGAGAAACUGAAGACCUUGCUCCAUAAGGUGAAAGAUUUUCACCUCAAGUUCCUGGAGAAAUACUCGUGAGGAUGCCCAGGCGCCAGAGGGUCUUGGUGCCAAUGCCCAGGCCUUCCCUCAUGGACUCUGCCUCAGACCUCCUGCAGGUCGCCAACCCAGUUCAUCAUCAUUUUCCCCAGGAGACUUCUCUCUUUGUGCCUUGAUGUUGAGAGUUCUCUUCUGAGCAAACAGUGAUUUUGCAAUGUCUUGAAGGCCCUGUUUUUUAUUUUAUCUUUUUUUUUUAUGCAACCAAAGUAGAGUCAACUUGCUCAGCAGAUGUGGCUGGAAUUCUCUGAAUCACCUAUCUUUGUUGUGUUCAGAAAGUUCCUUUGGGUUUUGAACAGCUAGGGUGCGUUGAGAUGAGAUAGUUCAUAUCUACAGAAACAAUCAGGUGUUUGGGACUGGAAACCCACAAUCAGCAGUGAGAUCCCUUAGCAGCGUGGUAAAUCUAUAAAUCCAGUAAGAACCCAGAGAGAGCUUGCCAUUCUGGUCUGGAGACAGGCAGCACAUCACAGACCAGAAUACUGAAGUCAGUAGUGGCACAGGAGUCACAGCAGACACCAGGCUAGAUUGUACUGAAGGCAGGAUUGGCAGGGGGCGUGGCCUAGGCCGGAGGUCCUGAGGGGAAGUGUCUGUCUGGAAAGUGCUGCCAGUUGAGCUGGGUCUUCUGUGCCGUCUAGUUGGUGAUGACUCAGCACACCAACCUUUGCACAUGCUUUUGCCGAGACCUAGGUAUAAAAGGCCUCCCCAGGCUUCAGGGUCACUGGGAGAGCCCGGAAAUAUCAUGGUGACUGAGGAUUCUCUGCCUGUGGAUGGAUCCACCCCACUGGUUUACCUAGGGGCGGUUUUCUCCCAGGGCUUGUUUGAGCUUUUGCGCCUAUUGCCCUCUGCUGGUAGCAGCAGAACUAAGUAAAGGCUGAAAAUGUCCUAAAGUAGGAGGUGAUGAUCCUUUUAAAAAUUUGGCAGUCAAGCCCUUGCAGAUUUUUUAAAUUGUUUCAAACUAAAUUUGGUUCAUUUUGUAACUUUAGUUGGUCACAAUGCCUGGUACACUGACUGCGCAAUCUAAGUCAGUGUAUUUCUCUCCGCAUCAGUUUCCUGCCUCCCUCCCAGAUCUGUGGACAGUGUCCUAUGGCAUCCAUGUGUCAUCAGCUAUCCCUCUAAGUACCAGAGUAGCAGCCACCAGGUUAGCAUAUUUCUUGAAUUAGUGCACCUGGGUGGAGCCACGUGCACACCGGCAGAGAGCACCCGGCCAAGGUUUUCUUCCCAACAGAAGCGAGGGAAGCUCAGGAGCCUGGGGACCCAGUAAGUCUGGGGAUGCGCAAGGAGCUAGAGAGAGCAAAGUGAGGUCCUGUGCCAUGAUUCCAUACUGGGUCUAUGCAGGGGGUUCAGUUAACACUUAUGAGCAUUACAUUACUGUGAAGGAAGCAGCCGCAUUCUUAACAAAAUGGAAUAUCCUGGAACUUUAAAAAGUUGACAAGGUAGCAUGUAUGCUUGCUAGGCAUAUAAACCAGAUGUGCUCCAAUGUUCUGAGAUUCCUCAAUGAAAGGUAAACUAGAAGCUAGUAUAUUUUUUAUAUUUUUGUAACAAUUGCUUUUUUCAUUGGGGGUGGAAGGGUUAGUAUUUAUAGUCCUAACAAGUCCAAUAAUUUUUAUAAGUCUCUUCAGAUUAUAAAUAAUCCUCCAAAUUUUGCAAUGUUUACAUGUUUUUUUAAAAAGAUGAUAAUUAUGCUAGGUUUGCUUUUUAAAUAAAAGCUUAGGUGUGCUAAGAGAUUAAUAACUUCAAGUAGGAAUACUGGUUAUGGAGUUUGGAUUUUCUACAGAUUCUGUCCCCUUGCCUUUUCUGUUCCAGCAUCACUCAAGAAAGUUUGUCGUUUGGGGUUUCCCUUAAGAGUCUACACUGGGAGGUUUCUGUUCCUCCAGAGAUGUGUGUGGGUGGUGCGGUGGAAGCCUGGGCCAGGCUGGACCUGGGGCCGUCACACCCGUGCAGACCUGCCUGUUCUCACUUCUUCGGGCCUCCCUGACAGAGGUCCUUGUAAUAGCUGUGCUGGGGAGAUCUGAACAAUAAAAUAUGUGACUGUUCAA